AUGCCGUCAUCCCUUUCAACCCGAGGUUCUAGUUCUCUCGAGGCCUUUACCAGUUAUGCGCGGCCCAAAAUAAACAUCGAGCUGGUCAGCCAGGUCGGUGGUCUCGUCAACUCAUAUACCUCCAAAGAUUGCAUCGAAGGGACGGCAAUGGUGACAGUAGACCGAGACACACGUUUCGACGAGAUUGAUAUAACAUUUGAAGGUACAGCGAGAACGUCUGUCGAGCGUUCUGCUCUGCCCGGCCGCACCGGGGCCUACCAGACCUUCCUGCGCCUGCGUCAACCUAUUGACGAUACCCUCUACCCUACACCACGAGUUUUUGAACGUGGACGUACCUAUCAGUUUCCCUUCACUUUCGUCGUGCCCGAUCGUCUGCUCCCGCACGCAUGUAGCCAUCACAAAACCAACCAGCACGUUGGACGCUCUCACACUCUGGUCCCCCCCUCGCUCGGUGAUCCCAUGUUAGCCAGCGACGGAAAGUCCCUGCUAGAUGACCUAGCUCCGGAUAUGUGCCGCAUCUCAUACCUCAUCCGUGUGGCCAUCAACCGUCGACCCAACUCCAGCCGAAACGACUCCAAGACGCUCGCCUCCGCCGGAAAGAAAGUGCGCGUCGUCCCCAUAAUCGAUGAGGAGCCUCCCCUCAACUUCACUGAUCAGGAUAGCGUCUACUGCACGCGGAGAGAGAAAGACGUCAAGCGCGGCUUGAUGCGCGGUAGGCUCGGCCGGCUCGUGGUCACCGCGUCCCAGCCCAAACCCGUCCGCCUCAGCCCACCCAACGGUGCUAUCAGCGACAUCGUCAGCACCGCUGCCACCGUGAAUUUGCGCUUCGACCCUGUUGGCUCCGAGUUGCCCCCGCGCCUAGGCACCGUCUGGUCACGUCUGCGCGCAUCAACCUUUUACAGCGCCGAGCCCUGGGCGGACUAUCCGUCUGCCUCGAGCGCCCUGCUCUGGACGCAUGUUGGCCGCGGCAUCUACUCCGAGACCGUCCCGCUAUCCAAGCUCUGUGUCGCUUCUGCACAGUGGACCAAGCACUCUGCCGCCACAUUCGACCGUUGCGACUCGCUGCAGUCUACCUCGUCGGAAGAUUCAAUCACGCCGCCGUCCGCCAGUCCCGCAGGGCAGACCUACUACACUGCGUCGGUCGUCAUUCCCAUUACCCUGCCAGCGUCCAAGGCCUUCGUCCCGACUUUCCAUUCAUGUCUCAUCUCCCGCACCUACACCCUUGAACUCAGCAUCUCCUAUCACACCCCCUGCGCAAACCUCGUCAGCCCAUCCGCUUCCCUGAGGGUGCCCAUCCAGUUGGUCAGCCAGCCGCGUCCAGGAGGGAAGGGCUCCGAACUCAAUAUCUCCCAGGCUGAGGUCAAUGCGGAGUUCUUUUCUCCACGAAGGGUGCCCGUCACUGCUUCGUCCCCGUGCCCACCCCCACCAGAAUACACUGCUUUACAGGGAGCGAUUCUGCGGCCGGAUCAAGACGGUGGUUUGCUUUCCGCUGGGCAAGCUUGA